UAGGCUAUUUUGUACUGAUGAAUACUAUGUUCUGUUUUACCGCUUGUGUAAUUGCAAGUCAUAAAGCCCGGUAAUGUGACAAGGAAACGUCAUUUUGAGGACUGUAACAAAAUUGAGUUGUAUUGUGAAGUUCAAAGGCUAGAAUCGAUUCCCCAGACACCUGACCCAACCAUACAAACUGGACAGACUUCAUCCGCUCAGCAUAUAGGUUGUAACAUCUGAAGUUAUGUAAUGGGUCUCCAACCCUUUUCUCUCACAUGUAAAGACAGAAAAGCUAUUAGUUAUCAUAGUAGAGACUCACAGAAAAAAAGCGCUCUGACAACCAACCAAAUGAGUUUCGCAGUUGAUGAUUUUCAACAGUUCCUUGUAAAUGCGCUCGGCUAAACAUUAAGGAUUUCUGCUACAUCCACGGAAAAAAACGGGACUUGAAUGAACACGUGACUCAGUUUGCGCUCCUCCUUGUCAUUUAGAAAUGUAUAAUAACCUCAUGGAGAGACGCACUUUCAGCCCGGGCAAAGGUGUUGUCAAAGACACUACUGUAACUUCAGCGACAUUACAGCUUUUAUUCUGUUUACUUCACUUGAGGAAUAAGCAUUCGUAUUUUAAGUUAACUUUACUAUACCAUAUACAGGAAGUCUACUUAACGGAAGUUUUGAGGUCACUCAGUCAUUCAAUAUUGCGCGCCUCCUGUAGCUGAAGAGUUUCUCGGCACCGGGUCGUUUAAUGUUCCAUCGAUCUUCACUGGAGCCUGUUACACAAUGGGUGUCUGCUCAGUGCUCAUAGCCCCACCCAGCAAAUCCAGACCUCUCUCCAAACUCUGUUUACGUAGAUAGCAAUUGCCCUCGGCCCCUAUUCUUUACCCCUCCAACCCCAGGAAAGGAACGGGGCAUAUUCUAGUGUUUGAUCAGUCUUCCUCUUUGUCUGAAGGGUGAAGGCCUGAGGCAGCCUAUUUAUUUAACACACUGCACACACCACAUACCUCAGCUCCCCAUUUGGAAUAACAAUAAUAAGUUAUUUAAGAACUGACAUCUAUUUAAUAUUUAACAUAUCUGCAAAACAGGUUACUUCAAAAAAUAAAUUAAAGUCAUUUGGAAAAGUGAUCCUUUAAAAAGAAAUUUAAGUCAUAUCAGCGCAAUCUGCAAAAAUGGAAUCUAGCUCUAUAGCUACCCUGGCAACCAUGACAGCGUUAACCAUCGCCACGGCGACAGACAUGUCUGGCUACCUGUGGCUGCUGAUCCUGGGCUUUGUCAUCGCCUUCAUCCUGGCAUUUUCGGUGGGUGCCAACGACGUGGCCAACUCCUUCGGCACGGCUGUGGGGUCAGGGGUCGUGACCCUGCGGCAGGCCUGCAUCCUGGCCACCGUGUUUGAGACAGUGGGCUCCAUACUCCUGGGGGCAAAGGUCAGCGAGACCAUCCGCAGCGGCAUCAUCGACCCACGCAUGUACAACGGCUCAGAGGCCCUCCUCAUGGCUGGAUCCAUCAGUGCCAUGUUUGGCUCUGCUGUGUGGCAGCUGAUGGCUUCCUUCCUCAAGCUGCCCAUCUCUGGGACGCAUUGCAUUGUGGGAGCAACCAUCGGGUUCUCCAUGGUGGCCAGGGGACUCCAUGGUGUCAAGUGGCUGGAGCUCCUUAAGAUUGUUGCCUCCUGGUUCCUGUCUCCGCUGCUGUCCGGCAUGAUGUCUGCUGUGCUCUUCUACUUUGUGCGCAGGUUCAUCUUGAGUAAGGAGGAUCCUGUACCGAACGGUUUGCAAGCUCUUCCCGUCUUCUACGCCGUCACCAUGGGGAUCAACUUCUUCUCAAUCUUGUUCACUGGAGCUCCGAUGCUGGGCUUCGACCGCGUGCCCUGGUGGGGGACUCUCCUCAUCUCCCUGGGCUGCGCUCUGCUCACCGCCAUCUUCGUCUGGGGUGUGGUGUGCCCUCGCCUGAAGAAGAAGAUCAAACGAGAAAUGGCUGCCAACCCCACACCUCUGAUGGACAGUCCCCCCAAACCCAACGCAGACGACAAGCCUGCACCCCUCACGGGCCCCCAUGAGUACACGGAGGUGCCCCAGACACCCCCCUCCGAGAAUGGCAGGGUGGCCUUUAACAUCGGAGGGUCCGACGAUGCAGAUCUGGACAGCAAAGAAUUUGACACUAAAGACCUGGAAACCAAUGCUCUGAAUGGACACGGUUGUUCCAUUCCAUCUCCGGAGAUGAUCGGAGGUCAGGCCCACACGGUGCACAAGGACUCGGGCAUCUACAAGGACCUGCUGCACAAGCUGCACAUGGCCAAGAUGGGCGACUGCAUGUCGGAGAACACCGACAGCAAGCCCAUCCGACGCAACAACAGCUACACCUCCUACACCAUGGCCAUCUACGGCAUCCACGGAGGUCCAAAAGACGCGGAGAGCCGCUCCGAGGACGGAGGGGAGAGGCGGCGCUCCCGGAUGGACAGCUACAACAGCUACUGCACGGCGGUGGCGGACGGGAGCGGCGCGGGCGCGGGCGAGGAGGGCUCCAUGACGCUGGAGGUCCAGGGCGAGGUCGGCGGGGCGGGCCCACUGGAGGAGGAGGAGGAGGACGAGCUGGAGCUGGAUCGUCCAGAGGUGUUCCAUCUCUUUCAGUUCCUGCAGAUCCUCACCGCGUGCUUCGGUUCCUUCGCUCAUGGAGGAAAUGAUGUCAGUAAUGCGAUUGGCCCCCUGGUGGCGCUGUGGCUGGUGUAUGACAGCGGCUCGGUGGUGUCCAGCGCCCCCACCCCUAUCUGGCUCCUCCUGUUUGGGGGCGUGGGCAUCUGCACUGGCCUCUGGGUCUGGGGAAGGAGGGUCAUCCAGACCAUGGGCAAGGACCUAACCCCUAUUACUCCCUCCAGUGGCUUCAGCAUCGAGCUCGCCUCGGCCGUGACCGUCGUCGUGGCGUCCAACAUCGGACUUCCUGUCAGCACCACCCACUGCAAGGUGGGCUCAGUGGUAGCCGUAGGCUGGUUGCGUUCCCGUAAGGCUGUUGACUGGCGUUUGUUCCGGAACAUCUUCAUCGCCUGGUUCGUGACGGUGCCCAUCUCUGGGAUCAUCAGCGCCGCCAUUAUGGCUCUGUUCACCUACGUCAUCAUCUGAAGCUCCCACAAUGCAACACUACCAAGACAGAGCUGGCCAUGACACCGUUCACCCUGCAUCUGAAGGUCCCACUAUGUGACAGGGGCUUCACCCUGCAUCUGGACCCAAAUAGCACUGCCAUUUCUGGUACUGUGACAGAAACCAAAUAAGGCUGCCAUCUUGACUGCUCAGUAGCAUCAUCAUCUGAAACUCCCACAAUGCAUCAAGACCAAACCUAGGGCUCCUCGACGCGGCAUCAACUCAUCCCCUGCCUCCCAGUGGUCCUCAAUGUCAUUGGCCCAUUAUCAGUGUAUGUCUCUCUGUGUUUCAAACAUUGGUCUCCCGUACUCCUGCUCACGUUGUUAUCUGUACUGUACAUAGAAAAGCAAGAAGCAGACCACUGCAUGUGUGUGUCUCCUUUUUGGAAACUUCUUGGUUUUUUUUUGGGAUCGUUGUACAUAACUUACAUGGCAUGCCUGUCACUAAAAAAAGAAAUGGAGAGAAAUUGGAACUCACCAAACUUGAUCUUCAGUUUAUAAUUUUAUGUGUUAUUAUAUUUGUUAAAAAAAAUACUAAGAUUGACUAUUAAAAAUGCCAAAAUUUCUAUAUAUUUAUGUUCAUACUGAAUACAAUUUAAUAAAGUUGAUGAAUGAUUUUUAAUCUGUCUAUUGAUGUACUGUAUUUGCAUGACCUAAAAUAAAUCUCAUUUUUAAUUA